AUGGAUAGUCUAGAAGACAGAUGCGCCUCGCUGCGCGCUCAGAUUGCCGCUACGGAAACCCAGCUGGCGGGUUUGAAACGCGACCUGGAGAAUGCGGAGCAGGCAGCCUCGACAACCAGGGCGCAGGAGGCUGCCACCACUCGGAAUGAGAACAGGAAAUGGCCACUGUUGGGCGAGGAGUAUCGGCGCUAUGGGAGACAGAUGAUUGUUCCGCAGCUGGGAUUGCAAGGGCAGUUGAAGUUGCGCGCCGCUAAAGUAUUGCUUGUGGGAGCUGGAGGUCUGGGAUGUCCGGCCGCCUUAUAUCUGGCCGGCGCGGGCGUGGGUACGAUAGGCCUCGUCGAUGGCGAUACGGUUGAUACGUCGAAUUUGCAUCGUCAGGUUCUGCACCGAAGCGAGAACGUGGGGAAGUUGAAGGUGGACAGUGCGAUCGAGUACCUGCGCGAGUUGAACCCCCAUCCUACAUACAUCCCUCACCGAGCGCACCUCUCCCCUCAGGAAGCACCAGGCAUCUUCGAGAAAUAUGAUUUGAUUCUUGAUUGCACCGAUAAUCCGGCAACUCGCUAUUUGAUCUCUGAUACCGCUGUGCUUCUUGAGAAACCCUUGGUUUCGGCGUCGGCCUUGCGCACUGAGGGUCAACUCAUGGUGUUGAAUAACCCUCCUCGACCGGUCGGCGACAAAACCGGAGGCCCUUGCUACCGAUGUGUCUUUCCCCGACCGCCGCCGGCCAACAGUAUUCUGAGUUGCGCUGAUGGGGGGAUUAUCGGUCCUGUUGUGGGCACGAUGGGCGUUCUCCAGGCGGUCGAGGCAAUCAAAGUAAUCACUGCCGCAGUUGACGAAACAAAGCCGCCCUCGCUGCUUAUCUUCUCCGCAUACUCGGCGCCUCAGUUUCGAUCUAUCAAAUUGCGAUCCCGUCGACCGAACUGUGCCGUUUGUUCUGCCGAGGCUACCGUCACUCUUGACUCUGUCAAGUCGGGGUCUACCGAUUAUGUUUUCUUCUGCGGCACCGUGAACCCAGAAUCGCUAUUGACUCCGGAGGAGCGGAUCUCGCCAUUGGAAUACCAAACCUUGUAUUCCCAGUCGUCGGGAGAAUCUCAACCCCAGAAGCAGCCCACUAUCAUCGAUGUCCGCGAAAAGGUCCAGUAUGAUAUCUGCAGCCUGGACAACAGCGUCAACGUUCCCAUCUCAACCAUCUUAUCCGGAACAGCCACAACAAGCACCGAAGGCAGCGAACAAUCGACUCCCCCAUCAUGGCUUCCAGAGCCCAUCGCCUCUGACUUGACUGGCCCCAUUUACGUUGUCUGCCGUCUAGGCAACGACUCCCAGAUCGCCGUCAAAAAGCUCAAAGAAUCAGGGUUAGAUCGCAGCGGCCAGCGAACGAUCGCCGAUAUCCGCGGGGGAUUCCGUGCCUGGCGCGAACAGGUUGAUCCUGAAUGGCCCGAGUAUUGA